AUGAGCCACUCGAAGACAUCACCCUAUUCUCGGAAGCUUCAGGCCAAGCCCCUUUCUCUACCGAUCCUUGCGUCGAUAUUUGCCAUGCCGGUAUCACUCGCUACAGCACAAAUAGCUGACAAUGCGACUGCUCCAACAACAACCUUUCAAAGCUCGCUACCUUCCAUGUCUGCGAGCAACGAAGACCCUGUUUCAUCAACUGUUCCCCUUUUUUCGCAACCAUCUAGCAACAAAAACGACCCGGGCAUAUCCGAUCAGAAUGACGACGGCGACGUAGACGACCGCCAUAGCGGGCUUAUAAACUACUACUUCGUUUUCCUAGCGCUAUUUGUCUUCCUUGCCUUCCUCGGCGUCUAUUUCCUUAACCGUCGGAGGCGCGCUCGCAAAUUGGCCUAUCGCAAUUCAGCACAGAAUGCUCUGGCUAGGGAUAUGGACGGGUGGGUGAGCAACGCGAGGAGGUGGCAUUGGAGGAAUGGAUCAAGGAGCGAAAGAGACGAGGGAUUGAACGAGCUCGGUCAGGCUCCACCGGCCUACUCGGCGAAGGCACACAGCAGGGAGCCCUCGGCAGAGGAAGGAAGCAUGACCAAUGAGCUUCAGAUCCCAUUGCCGACCGUAGCGAGAGAAGAGAUAUAUAGGGAUAUGGUCAAGCCCCCAGCUUACAGCGAAGCCAUACGCUUGGACAGCAAUGCCGGCUCAUCUUCAUUAGGUAGAGUCCAGCCAUCGUCUGCUUCUCUGGAAGCAGACGAGAGAAGCCAUGAUGGACCCACUACGCGUUCAUGA